AUGGAUUUGGCCAUGAUCAAGACAAGGGAGCAGACCAUUAGCGUGUGGCUAAUCGAUGCUCCAAGAACAUUGGCAUGGCUUCGUGGUACGCCUGCCAGGCAUUGUCGCAACAUUUGCUCGGCGUCUGCAUGGCAAGUGGGCUGUCCGAUUUGGUGGCCAGCGGAGGCAAGGAGCCGCUACUUGGCGAUAUCCUGUGUAGCGGCAACAGGCACACAGCAACAGUUCAUCAUGAAUGUGGGCAUGCCGGGCUACACGAUUGAACAACUGGAGCUCGAUUACUGCAAUGGUUAUAUGCGGCUGCAUCUGGCCUUGGAUUGCAAUGGGCUGUCGACUAGCAAUGUGGCAGAUGCUUUGCAGGCUCAACGCUUGCUUCCAUUUGCGCCCGAGUACAAGGGAUUUGGUUUGGCCGCCAUGGUUGAAACACUUUGCGGAGUGAUGGCAGGAGCACGCUAUGCCUCACAGCUGGUGGGACGUCAGGGUUUGUUUGGGACGGAUCAAGAUGUGGCGGAUCUGGGUCAGGUGUACAUUGCCAUUGAUCCAAUGCGCUUUUGCGUAUCCUUUGAGGAGCGACUGAGCGAUUUCCAGCAGCUGUUGCGAGAUGCUUUGCCCUGGGACGCCAAUCAGACGCCAUUGAUUCCUGGUGACAAGGAGAGUCUGCAUAUGCAGAUGGUUAACGAUCAGGAUGGCCUAACUUUAUCACCCUGCACUCUCUAUGUCCUGCAGGAGUUGAGCGUGCGCUUCAGCAUAAAACCUCUUGUGGUUCGGUAA